UUUGUUCUUGGAAGCCACCAUGCACACGUUCCUAUUGCAAAGGACAGAGGUGGCGCACAUUCGUGUGGGGGUGCACCGCGACUCUCCGGACGACUCUCGCAGGCAAAUCCUGAGGGGCGGGGAAAAGCAACCAAUCCACGAAUGUGUUCGGAAAGCGGGGCUCCUCAGUGGUUGAUAAAGUAUGAUGACAUACCCGCCAUCCAAUCCUCAAGCGAAGGGCUGGGCUACAGUCAGCUGGUGAAACCACCUGACCCGAGCCUGGAGCCGGAAACUACCUAUCGGGUGGACUGCUUACACUGCUCCUACGGCUGCGAUGACUUCCGCACUGACCCAAGGGCUGGAGCGAAUCCCAGACCAGCUUGGCUACCUGGUGCUGAGCGAAGGUGCAGUGCUGGCGUCAUCUGGGGACCUUGAGAACGAUGAGCAAGCAGCCAGUGCCAUCUCGGAGUUGGUCAGCACAGCCUGUGGCUUCCAGUUGCACCAUGGCACAAACAUCCCUUUCAAACGCCUGUCUGUGGUCUUUGGUGAACACACGCUGCUGGUGACUGUGUCAGGACAGAGGGUGUUUGUGGUGAAGAGGCAGAAUCGAGGUCGGGAACCUAUUGAUGUCUGAGCUAUAAAAGGCACUGGCUGGAGAAGAAGCCUGCCUCUGGGGCCUGUCCCUGCGGGGGGUGGGGGUGGAGUACACUGCCUUCUGCUGGAGUUGGGCUUGUGCUCACUACCUCCUUCCUGACCCCUCACCUGAGCGAGGCACAAGGCUUAGAGACUUCUAUGCUAAGGGACUAGGGGAACUAUGACUGGGGGACCCCUUUUCUUCCCUUCUGCCUAAUAAACACUAGUCCAACCUGUCUAGGGCUCA